AUGUCUUAUCAAGAGAGAGUCGCUGUAGAUACACUGCUAUACAAAGAAGAUAGUGGAUUAUGUAUUGAGAGAUCUACCAAUACGGGACUAAAAGAUGAACAAGGCAAUCAUGUGAUGGGGGAAGAGGAAAGACAUAUUAGAUGGAAACCUUUUUCGGGGCAUUGCAAAUUCAAAUUCCCUUUGAAACCCCCUCAUGCCCUUCGAGAUCAGCCUGACGACUCACCUCAGGAGAAAAGGAAGAAGUUCGGGAAGAGGCUGGCUUAUUGGGGUGCUCUAUCUAGUGGUGGAAGUAGUUCGGGUUGA